CAGAGACGACACAUCCAGGUCUAUCACUCCGUGGUUCGUGCUGAGAUCGAUAGAGAAGCAUCAGGCAUGGGGAGGUCGCCGUGCUGCGAGAAGGCGCACACGAACAAGGGCGCCUGGACCAAGGAGGAGGACCAGCGCCUCGUCGCCUACAUCAAGGCCCACGGCGAAGGCUGCUGGAGGUCGCUCCCCAAGGCGGCGGGGCUGCUGCGAUGCGGGAAGAGCUGCCGGCUGCGGUGGAUCAACUACCUGCGCCCCGACCUCAAGCGCGGCAACUUCACCGAGGAAGAAGACGACCUCAUCAUCAAGCUCCACCAGAUCCUCGGAAACAAGUGGUCUCAGAUCGCCGGGCGGCUGCCGGGCCGGACUGACAAUGAGAUCAAGAACUACUGGAACACGCACAUCAAGCGCAAGCUCCUCGCCCGCGGCAUCGACCCGAAGACGCACCGUCCGCUCAGUGUCACCGCCGCCGCUGCUGCCGCACCAAGCAGCCGUCCCGAGGACCAACCGGCGGCGCGCUCCAGCUGCUCACCGGAGACCAGCGGCGCCUGCUGCCACAACAGCGACGAUGACAGCGUGUCCGCACCGCACCACGGCGGCAUCGACCUCAACCUAGCCAUAAGCCCGCCGAGAGAUCCGCCGUCGCCGUCGCCACUGCCGACGGCGACGCAAGAAGCAGAAGCGACAAGCAGCGCGACUGUAGAGGAAACUACACCCACAAGGAAAAGCUAGAGGAAGAGGAUAUGCGUCAUGCGUGUGCCUGGACUUGCAAGGCGGCGUGGCGCCUGGGCGAUGGUUAGCUUCUCUUCUUCUGCCAUGCAGGUAGAUCAAGGUCGACUAUGACAGUAUGACUCGUUUAAUUAGGGCUUAUGGUGAUGAAAAUCCUUGUUUGCGGCAGAACUCCAUGAUAUGAUAAUUAAUCCUGAGGAAGUACUUUUGAUCUUUCAAACCUUUUGAUGCAAACUGAUGCCCCGCUGGUCUAGUGCUAUCUGUCUGCAAUAGCCUUGCUGGCCUUUUCUACUUUUCGGUUGAUGACGCCAUGCUCUUUUGUUCGUUGCUUGAAUCCCAGAUCAGCAUCUAGAUCGGCG